AGGAAAAAGUCCUAAAUAACCCAUAGACGACAAACGAGACUCUGGUGUAGUUCAAUUUCUUUCAACAAACCCCUGAAUUGCAUUUCAACCAAUCUUUCGGUUUCUGGUACAAAUUCUUGAUUCCAAUUGCUACCAACCCUUUCGAGACACGAGAAAAGGAUUUCGGCACAAACAGCAAGAAUUUCUGUCAAAAAGGAAGGCUGGUCUUCAUAACCUUUACAUUGAUUGCUUGAAAAGAUGAGAACAGAACUUUCAUUCAGUUAAAAUCCAUAUAAACCCUAGAAAUUUCCAGUUCAUUUCUCGUUUUGCUUCAGAAAUCUGGAUGGUAUGGUACUGUUGAAGCUUUGGAGAUGGUAUCAAAAUUGUUUAUCUGUACAUCCGGUGAAAACGCAGAUCAUCAGCUCCGGUUUGAUUUGGGGAAUCGGUGAUAUUGCAGCUCAGGCGGUUACUCAUUCCACUGCUCUCAAGAACAAAUCGGUUUCAAUUUCUAAGGAAGAUCAAGAAUUACGUAUCAAGUGGAAACGUGUGGCUACCACGAGCUUAUUUGGAAUGGCGUUCGUCGGACCGGUUGGUCACUUCUGGUAUGAAGGGCUAGAUCAAUUUUUAAGGCUAAGACUUCAAUACCAACCCAAAUCCAUGCGGUUUGUUGCGACUAAAGUAGCACUUGACGGUAUCAUAUUUGGGCCGGUGGAUCUAUUAGUUUUCUUCAGUUACAUGGGUUUUGCAUCGGGAAAGAACGUAAAUCAAGUGAAGGAAGAUGUGAAAAGAGAUUUUAUUCCGGCGUUGCUCGUAGAAGGCGGGAUAUGGCCAAUCGUUCAAGUUGCAAACUUCCGGUUCGUACCGGUCAGGUACCAACUGCUUUAUGUGAACCUUUUCUGCUUAUUGGAUAGCUGCUUUCUUUCAUGGCUUGAGCAGCAACAAGAUGCUGUUUGGAAGAAGCAAUGGUUCAAAUGUCUGUUUGAAGUUAAACAACAUAAAAACCAGGAGGGUUGAUAGCAAUCUUAUUUGCUUUACAUCUGUGUUGGGGAAACAUUUCACUAUACUUGUAUAUGUAUCUACUUCAUAAUAAAUGACAUGCAAUAAUUACCUUUCUUUAGUUAACC